CUCAGUGCACAGAAACUGCUUCACAUGGCUAACAUGGCAGCGAGACUUCAUCAAAAAGUUGCCAAGAAGAACGACACAAGCCACUGCAAGCAAGUAACAGCAGCUCUGCAAAGUCCUAUUGGUGCCAUACAAGUAUCUGGCUGUGAAGAAGGCAUUCACUUCAUUCAGCUGUCGGAGAAUUUUGUACCCAAGGACAGGACAAGAAUGGCCUCAUUUACUUGUGAGGUAUGUGAAAGCCAAGAGGAAAUGACAGAACCAGUGAAAUACUGUAUGACCUGGCUUCAGGCCUAUUUCUCUGAACCUUGGACAACAGAAAAACUUCCUCUCCCUGCCUUUCACCAUCCCAUUUUUCAACAAGAUACCUUCACAUGCAACGUGUUGAUGACCCUCCUGAAUGAUGUGAAAUUUGGAGAAAUGGCCUCGUACAAGGAACUAGCAACAAUGGCAGGCAAUUCAAAAGCAGUGAGGGCUGUUGGAGGAGCCAUGAGAGCUAACCCUAUGCCAAUUAUUGUACCCUGUCACAGAGUGAUCUGCAGCAAUGGACAGAUUGGUAAUUAUAUGGGAGGAAGAGGAAAUCACCUCAAACAAUGGCUACUGACACAUGAGAAGCUUCUGAAAGAGAGCCGAAAAACAUCUCAGGGACCUUGUCCAAUGCUGCCACACAGCUAGAAUGUACGCCAACAAUAUUCAGAAUAAAACAAGCUCUUAACACAUCCACUAUUAUUUAGGGAAUUUGUAAAUAUUUGAGUGACUUAAAAAGAUAAAAGAAACUUGAGAGUCAGAUGCGUGGUGUCACCACUACUAUAUUAAAAAGCCUGGAUUCAUCCUGAGGGACUCUGGCCUUUCUUGUUUUUACAUUUUACAGAAGAAUGAGUACAGAGAUCUGUGCAUGUUGUGUAUGUUGUUCCCAUCUACAGGCUUUUUUGUUCUAUUUUUAAUGCCCAUUAAAGCAAGGAUAAGGGAGUGGGAGGGGCAUGGCAAAUGUUAGGUGCAACUGCCCCUCUAAGGAAGCAUCUGGCUCACAGAGGGGACAGCUGACAGUCUGGAGUCCGUGUGUUACUGGGAGCAAAAUGAAAUCCUGAAGCAUCAGCUCACAUUUCUUUAUUGCUGCACAGCUUCGUAUUUGCCCUGUAUGGAAUACUGUACCUUCACACAAUGAUUGUCCUGUCCUCUCUGAUUGUCCUGUUCCCACCAAAAUAAAUCUUUUCCAUAAACACCUUUUGCAAACUGGUCACAAAAUAUUGAAAGGGAAACAAAUCUUUUGCAUGCUCUCAAUUUGUUUAAAAAAAAAUUGUCACGUCUUUACCAAUCCAUUUUUGUUUUCAUUUGAUAUGUAUUUUUCAGGUCUCAUGGAAAAGGUACAACUUUAGCUUUGUAUUUUUUUGCUUGGUAGUGUUUUUUUUUUAGCAGCUACUGUAUUAAGACUGUUAAAAAUGUGAAUGUUUCUCUUCAGUUGAUUUCUUGGUAACCUCGUGUAAUCUGGUUGUGUAGACCUUUGGUGCAGAAACAAGUUCUUUAAGCUUAAGAAAAACAAAAUUGUAUGUAUUUGAUCAGCAAAAAAUAAAAAUAAUGUAUUUCAAUUAUGUUU